GCAGCUUUUAAUUACACAGCCUUUCCCCUUUCUCUUUCACUCUUCUCUGCUUUUCCUUUGUUUCUUUUAUUUGCUUCCUCUCUCUCCACAAACUUCAUCCCCAAAACGUUCAACAAGAAGCUCCUCUCUUGAAAUUCUACAUUCUCCUUCGCCGGAAAGACUCGAGAUUACCCAGAAAAUGAAGCUCUCCAGCAACUAAAGUCAGCACAUUUUGAAGAAGUUAGCGGCGAAACGAUGAAUAAAGUUUCGAUUUUUACACUCCUUUUCCUGUCGGUGGUUUUGCCUUUUCCCCCUCCGGUUAGAUCUCUAGACCCGCCGCUAAACGACGACGUUUUGGGCCUCGUUGCGUUCAAGUCCGACUUGCGAGAUCCGGACCAAAAGCUCGCGUCUUGGAACGAAGACGACUACACUCCUUGCGCUUGGAACGGAGUCAAGUGCCACCCGAGGACGAAUCGAGUCACCGAGCUAACCCUCGAUGGGUUCUCUCUCUCCGGUCGUAUAGGCCGUGGACUGCUCCAGCUUCAGUCUCUUCACAAGCUCUCUCUCUCCAACAACAACCUCACCGGAACCGUUAACCCCAACUUGAUCUCGAGUCUUGGGAGCCUUAAAGUUGUCGACUUGAGCGGUAAUGGGCUUUCCGGGUCGCUUCCCGAUGGGUUUUUCCGACAAUGUGGGUCGUUAAGGGUCUUUUCCGUGGCGGAGAACAAGCUUACCGGGAAGAUACCGGUUAGUGUUGGGUCGUGUUCGUCUCUCGCUUCUUUGAACCUGUCUUCGAAUAGAUUCUCUGGUUCGAUGCCUUUGGGGAUUUGGAGUUUGAACACUCUUAGGUCUCUUGAUUUGUCGAGGAACGAGUUGGAAGGAGAGUUGGGGACGAAGAUAGGGAGGUUGAACAACUUGAGAGCGAUUGAUUUGAGUAGGAACAGGCUGUCUGGUCCCAUUCCUAGUGAGAUUGGGAGCUGUAUGUUGCUGAAGAGUGUUGAUCUCAGUGAGAACUCUCUGUCGGGGAACUUACCAGACACGUUUCAGCAGCUGAGUUUGUGUUAUUAUCUUAACUUGGGGAGGAAUCUGCUAGACGGUGAGGUUCCUAAGUGGAUUGGUGAGAUGAGGAGUCUUGAAAGUUUGGAUCUUUCGAUGAAUAAGUUCUCAGGGGAGGUUCCAGGGUCCAUUGGUAAUCUCCUGCGGCUGAAAGUUUUGAACUUUUCUGGUAAUGGGUUUAUUGGUAGCUUGCCUGACUCUACAGGGAACUGUAUCAGCCUCAUGGCAUUGGAUGUUAGUGGGAAUUUACUAACUGGGAAGCUUCCGGUUUGGUUAUUUCAAGAUGGUAACUCCACUGGAGGUGUCAAGAAGAUUCAGGUGUUGGAUUUGUCAUGCAAUUCUUUCUCUGGUGUGAUUGGAGCUGGUUUUGGGGGUCUUAGAGACUUGCAGGGUUUGAAUCUGUCGAGAAACUCUCUUACUGGUCCUAUCCCAAGUACCAUUGGGGACCUGAAGCAUUUGGGGGUCCUGGAUUUGAGUCACAAUCAGCUUAAUGGAACUGUUCCUAAAGAAACCGGUGGAGCUGUUUCUUUGGAAGAGUUGAGACUUGAAAACAACAUGUUAGAAGGAACUAUCCCAUCUUCCAUCAAGAACUGCAGCUCACUUCAGUCUUUGAUCCUGUCACACAACAAGCUCCAAGGCGCUAUUCCACCAGAGAUGGCAAGACUCACAAACCUCCAAGAAGUUGACUUAUCAUUCAACGACCUAACCGGAACCCUUCCUAAACAGUUAGCUAACCUCGGUUACCUCCACACCUUCAACAUAUCUCACAACCAUCUCUCCGGAGAGCUCCCAGCAGGUGGACUCUUCAACGGCAUCUCCCCUGAUUCCGUCUCAGGAAACCAAGGAAUCUGCGGUGCCGUUGUCAACAAGUCAUGCCCCGCCGUCUCGCCUAAACCCAUUGUCUUGAAUCCCAACGCAACUUUUGAUCCUGACUCCGGUGAAGCGACGCCUCUUGGUGCUGUUGGCCACAAAAGAAUACUACUUAGUAUCUCUUCCUUGAUAGCCAUCAGUGCUGCUGCUGCCAUUGUGGUUGGUGUGAUAGCCAUCACGGUUCUUAACCUGAGAGUGAGAGCUACAACGGUUUCAAGAUCAGCUGUGCCGAUCGCGUUCUCUGGUGGAGAUGACUUUAGCCGGUCUCCUACCACUGAUAGCAACUCAGGGAAGCUUGUUAUGUUCUCUGGUGAACCUGAUUUCAGCACUGGGACACAUGCUUUGCUUAACAAAGACUGUGAGCUAGGGAGAGGAGGUUUUGGAGCUGUGUACAGAACUGUUAUCAGAGAUGAGUAUCCUGUGGCUAUCAAGAAGCUCACUGUCUCGAGUCUUGUCAAGUCACAGGAAGAGUUUGAGAGAGAGGUGAAGAAGCUUGGGAAGCUAAGACACACUAAUCUUGUUAAGCUCGAAGGCUAUUACUGGACAACGUCUCUUCAGCUACUCAUCUACGAGUUCCUCUCUGGUGGGAGUUUAUACAAACACUUGCACGAAGCACCGGGAGGUAGCAGUACUCUUUCGUGGAACGAUCGGUUCAAUGUGAUCCUCGGUACAGCGAAAUGCUUAGCUUACUUGCACCAGUCUAACAUCAUCCACUACAACAUCAAAUCAAGCAACGUCUUGCUAGACAGCUCUGGCGAGCCUAAAGUGGGAGACUACGGGUUAGCGAGGCUGUUGCCAAUGCUAGACAGGUAUGUCCUUAGCAGCAAGAUACAGAGUGCGUUGGGAUACAUGGCUCCAGAGUUUGCUUGCAGGACGGUGAAGAUCACAGAGAAAUGCGAUGUGUAUGGGUUUGGAGUGUUGGUUCUUGAAGUGGUUACGGGUAAGAAGCCUGUGGAGUAUAUGGAAGAUGAUGUUGUGGUUCUUUGUGAUAUGGUGAGAGAGGCUCUUGAAGAUGGAAGAGCAGAGGAGUGUGUUGAUAUGAGGCUGCAGGGGAAGUUUCCUGUGGAAGAGGCUGUUGCUGUGAUAAAGCUAGGGCUGAUUUGCACUUCUCAGGUUCCAUCGAGUAGACCGCAUAUGGGAGAAGCUGUUAACAUAUUGAGAAUGAUCAGGUGUCCUUCAGGAAGCUCAGAUGAGUUGGGAUCGAGUUGAAAAUUUAUUUAAAAAAAUUAAGCUAACUUGUUUUUGUAAGAGAGAUCCCUUGUGUUGUGUGUUGUUUUUUGAUAAUCAGUUGUGUGUUUUCUUUAUGUAUGUUAGCUUCGUUUCAAAUGUGGUGUAGCUUCUUAUGUUUAUUUGUUGUUCUUUAUGACAAUUUAGGUUUUCAAUCGGAUUUGUUAAGACUCUUUUGAUUGAAAAGUUAAAUUAUUAAAGAAGGAAACAAAGCUUGUGGUC